AUGACAGUAUUUUUAUCCCUGAUGGGGGAGCAGAAAGUGAGCAGACAGUUCAAGCAAUGUCACAGGACAACAUCCUGGGCAAAGUCAAAACUCUUCAGUCGACUAAGCAGUAUGUUCCUGCGACAGUUGGGCAAGAACAUCAAGUUUGGGCAGCCACCACCCAAUGCCAUUCCCACGAAGAAGGCAGACAGUGGCGAGGCUCGCUUGGAAGAGGAUCCGUUCCUGACCAGUCCCAUGGAAAUUGUGACUCAGCAGGACGUCAUCCUCUCAGACACCGAGAACAAAUCCAGUGAGACGCCAAGUUCUCCGGGUCCUCUGAAUCUGCCUGGAGCCGGAAGUGAGAUGGAAGAGAAGGCUGCUCCAGUUAAAACGUCUCGGCCAAAAAGGCACUUCUCCUCUGCCGGCACCAUCGAAAGUGUCAACCUAGAUGCCAUCCCCCUGGCCAUCGCCCGCCUGGACAACAGUGCUGCCAAGCACAAACUGUCCAUUAAGCCAAAAAACCAGAGGGUGUCAAGGAAGCACAGGCGACUUGUCGGGGAUCGACAGAACGAGCAAGGUGGCUUCCCGCAUCAGCUGUCCCUAGACCAGAAUGGGCACCCUGGAGAAGACAAGCCAGUCUGGCAUGAAGAGGAGCCAGAGGCGCUGGACUCGGAGGAAGAGAAGCGACGCCAAGAGGAAUACUGGCAAGAACUUGAGGCCAAGUGCAAACGGCAGAAGGCCGAAGCGGCAGAGAGGCGACGCCUGGAAGAGCAGAGGCUCCAGGCCCUGGAGAGGAGGCUUUGGGAGGAGAAAAGAAGGCAGGAGGAGCUCUUGGAGGAGGAAGGGGAGGAAGAGGAGGGAGGAGUGCAGCUAGAGGCAGCGAAGAGGAAGCGUGACGAGGAGGCGCAGAGUCCGGAAGAGCCAGGCUGCCGAGGCCCGGCGCGGACGGAGCAAGACGAAGAAGGGCGCCUGGGCGCCGAGGAGCCGAGUCGCCUGCAGGAAGAGGCGCGGCGCCUGGAGAGACGCGCGCAGCAGGAGGAGCUGGAGGCGCGGAGCCGGCAGGAGGCCGAGAAGCUGCGGCGGGAAGAGGAGGAAAGAGCGUUGGAGGAACCCAGAAGGCUGGAGGAGCAGGGGCGGCGGGCGGCCGAGAAGCUGCGGCGGGAAGAGGAGGAGAGGCAGCAGGAGCUGGAGGCGCGGAGGCGGCGGGAGGAGGCGGCGGAGGAGGCGGAGGAAAAACGGAAACAGGAGCUCAGAAGGCAGGAAGAACUGGAGGCGCAGAGACGGCGGGAGGACGCGGAGGCGAAGAGGAGUCAGGAAGCGGAAAAGAAGCCUCGGGAAGCAUCGAGAGUGGAAGAGGAGAAUCAGCCGCUGCUGGACCACAAAGGGGGCUUGGGGAGCCCACUUCAGAGCGACACUGCAGAGAAAGCAGAACAAGAACGCCUGACACCCGAGAAGCCAAGAGAAAACUCUGAGGAGCCGAGUGUUUGGGUGAAGCAGAGCCAAGAGGCCACCGAGCCAUCAGGCGAGCAGGCCGGAAAGCAGGGGGAUGUUCCCGGGCAUCAGCCUUGUGGAUGGCGGGAAAAGAGGGAGGAAACCAAGGCAGAGCUGCCCCAGAAACAAGAGGCCCAGGUGGAAGAGGCGUUGGCUCCAGGAGAGAAGAAAGAAGCUGCCUCUCCAGAAACAGACAGAAAGGUGGAGGAGCUCAGAUGGCAGGAGGUAGAUGAGAGGCAGACCAUGCCCAGACCCUACACUUUCCAGGUGUCAUCCGGAGGGAAACAAAUUCUCUUCCCCAAAGUCAAUCUGAGCCCCGUGAAGCCCAUGAAAGAUGAGGGGCUCGCCUCUGGUCCCCAAGAGCCAAAGGCCCCCAAAGCCAGCCCGGCCUCCCACGCCCUGCCCUCGUCCCUGAGCAUCCCACACACGGCCAUUCUGGUCACGGGAGCCCAGCUCUGCGGCCCGGCCGUCAACCUGAGCCAGAUCAAGGACACGGCGUGCAAGUCUCUCCUGGGCUUGUCAGAAGAAAAGAAGCACGUGGAUGUCCCCGCCCUGGAGAACCCACCCCGAGCCCCAGGCGACCCCCGGGCAGGCAGUGGGAAGACCAGGCCCUCCCAGGAGUCUCCGAGCAGUGCGGCCGCGCUCGCUGAAUGGGCUUCCAUUCGGUCCAGAAUCCUGAGGAACGCAGAGAGUGAGCAGCGCGGCGAGAGAGACCAGUCUCGGCCGGGUGAUGAACACACGCCCAGGGGCCGAUGUGAUUCCCGCGGGAACCUCCGGAGGACCCCGCCGGUAAACGCAAAGUUCUCCAUUAAGCCUGCCUGGCAGAAAUUCUCUGAUGGGGGUGGGGAGAUCUCCAAACAGAACACGGAAGCGGAAAGCGUUAGAAAAAGACCCCCGCCAGGUCCCAGCGAAGAGGCCCGGCCCCAGCUCCCUGCUGCUGAUACUAAAGAGCCCGUGAAGGGUGCAGAGAAACCGGGGGCGCACCAGGAGCCAGCGGACACCACGGAGGGGUGCAAAUUUGCCAAAGACCUUCCAUCUUUCCUUGUUCCAAGCCUUCCUUACCCUCCACAGAAAGCAGUGACCCAAGCAGAACCCGUGGUCACUUCGGACAGCGAGACCACAGGUAGAGAAGGAAAGCCGGAGCCCGUGAUGCCAGGUGGGGAGGAUAAAGCUUCCCCUUUUGGAAUAAAAUUGAGAAGGACCAACUACUCCUUGCGCUUCCACUGCGACCAACAGACAGAGCAAAAGAAGAAGAAAAGGCACAGCGCCACGGGGGACAGUAUCAAUGGGGCGCCGUCAGCUCCCGGGAGCACAGCUGGAGAGAGAGAGACAGAGGCUGCGGCCCUCAAGCAUGGCCCGGCCCUCCCCCCUGAGAGGAAGCAAGCCCCGGCCCCCUGGAAGGACUCUGGUGAAAGCCCUCCCAGCCACUCUCCUCUUGCAGCCCAGCCUGGGCCCCCAGCAGCCAGCAGCCAGCUCCGGGCUCCAGAGCAGGACAGGGCAGCAAACAGAACGCCCUUGGCCCAGAAGCCAGCCCUGGCUCCCAAGCCCGCGGGCCAGACUCCGCCGUCCUCUCCGAUCUCCAAGCUGAGCAGGCCCUACUUGGUGGAGCUGCUGGCUCGCCGGGCGGGGAAGCCUGACCCGGAGCCCGGCGAGCCAUGCAAGGAGGGCCGGGACAACGGGGGCCUCCGGACGCCCUCACCCCCGCCGACUGAGGAGAGGAAGGACCAGAAGCGGGACGAGGAGGAAGAGGUGGAAACAGAGAGGAAGCCAGCUUCCCCGGCGCCGUCUGCCGCCCGGCAGGAAAAGCCUUCCGCGACACCCGAGGCGGGGAGGAAAGAGAAGCCGACGCUUCAGAGCAGACACUCUUUAGACGGCUCCAAACUUGCGGAGAAGGUUGAAACCGCGCAGCCACUGUGGAUAACGUUGGCACUGCAAAAGCAGAAGGGGUUUCGGGAGCAGCAAGCGACUCGAGAGGAGAGGAAGCAAGCCAGGGAGGCCAAACAGGCAGAAAAACUCUCCAAAGAAAACGUCAGUGUCAGCCCGCAGCCUGGAAGCAGCAGUGUCAGCAGAGCUGGUUCCCUGCACAAGUCUACCACUCAGCCAGAAGAGAAGAGGCCAGAGACAGCAGCGUCCAGGCCCGAGCGCCGAGAACAGCUGAAAAAGGCCAACACUCUUCCUACAUCUGUGACAGUGGAGAUCUCUGAUUCGGCUCCCCCAGCACCACUGGUGAAAGAAGUCACAAAGAGAUUCUCUACCCCAGACGCUGCCCCCGUGUCAACAGAACCAGCCUGGCUGGCUUUGGCCAAAAGGAAAGCCAAGGCCUGGAGCGACUGUCCACAGAUUAUUAAGUAA